GUUUAUGGGCAAACAUUUCAGUGGAGAUGAUCACUUGCGUGUUUGUUUCUUUUUCCAUUCAGAUUGAUUAAAAAGAUGAGUGAAGAUUCCCACAGAAGCUUAACUAAAAACCAUGACAAGCUCAAUAAAAGAAAGCAGUGUCUGCUCUCCUGAUUCAACAGUAUCUUCUCUUUUAACAAGCUGUAGCAUCGACAGCGACAAUCCAUACUCAGACAGCUGGAUUCAGUACAAGGACAAGCUUUACAGCUCUGCAUCUGAGGCUUUGGAAGCUUACAUUGAAGAUUUUGAUUUAAGCCUCACCUCUUCAGAAAUAAGCACCGGAAAAAUCUGCAUAUAUCAAAGCACUCCCAAACAAGUUAAGUUUCCAAAGCAUCGUGCCAAGGAAAAACAUGCGCCAGAGGAUUUUAAUCAGCCCGUAGGAUUGGGUUCUCUCGCUUCACCCUCUGGAAGGCAGAUUGAGUGUGACCCGGACUUGAUUAGCCUGGCGACAGAUGAUCUGUUAGCAUUCCCAGCAGAUGGAUCACUGCCCUUUGUCCAGCCUAGUCCUUCUAAAUCGAGGCAUCCAAGUAGUGAGUGGAACAGACGGUCCCUGAAAGCAUCUUCCUGCCCCUACCAAACCUCAUCACUCGAGACUGAAAGUGGUUUCAGUCUCCUGGAGAAUGGGAAAGGUGUUGCUGCCCAGAAUCCACGCAAAGACUUCAGCAAAAAGAAAUGUAAUGUCUAUACACCUGAUAGGUGCAAUUCUGCCUCCUCUGAAGGAAGUUCAAAGCCCUUGUCUUUUGAAGAGAACUCUAACGCUUUUAAAAAUUAUCCAAGAUGGCUUACUUGUCAGAAAUCCGACUUAAGUGUUUCAGGGAUAAGUAGUAUUCCCAAUUUUCACUAUCCAGUCUGGCUUAAGAGUUACAACCUUUUUUCUGAUUCAACUAAAGCAACCAGUGGUCAAAAUUUUCAUAUACAAGGCAAAGCUUCCUCUUCACAAGCUUUAGAGAUCCUGAAAAAAAGACACUCUGUAGAUGAAGACAAUUCUAAUUUUUUUGAGCAAAAUACUUGCCUGGAUGCGAGAGGUUGUGAAAAAGCAGAAGAAAGUUGCAACUGUAGCAGUCCAGAUGUAUGGUCCCCAUGUGAAAACUCAAUUUCCAGGCACACUCAAAAGCUGUCCAGAGAAGACCAGCUUGAGCUGCUUAUCUCGAAGGCUGACAGAGGUCUGGAGAGCUCAACCAAAGAUUUUUCAAAUAAUCUGGAAAAUGAUGGCAGUCCUUCUACAACAGAUAUACUAGGAGCAGAAAGAUCGUGGGAAAACGCUCCGGGUGUUUUCAAACCGCCAGGGCCUGUGUGCUGUGAGGAUAUGGAGAACGCUCCACCACUCCCCAGGGCAGAUAUCAUACAGAAGUUCUUGGAAGACUGUUUAAAUGACAAAAAUAAGGACGUUGCUUUUUCUGGACAUCACCAUGACAGACCCCUCGAAGCUUUGAAGAGAAUGUUGUUUAAACUUCAAGCAAUUCAGGGAAGUUUAAGCCAGAACGAGACUGCUGAGCAGAAAGAAGAGUUUGAAAAACUUUCUGAGAAAGCAGAGGCUGAGUUGAAACUGUGUGACAGUGAGAGAAUCCCUCUUACUAAUUCUAUUCGGAAGGCUUUACACCAUUUGUCGCAUCUAAAAAGUCUUGUUGAAGAUAACCAACAAGAGCAGAACGGUGAUCGUCGGGAAGAGAAAGAAGAAGAAUAAUCUGUGAAACUGAUCGCUAAAAAUAUUUUAAUAUUGUGUAAAUUAAUUUGUCAGCCCGACCACUGGUUCAGGAUUUCUUUGAAAGCUUGAACUAGUGCACGUUCUCAAAAACGUUGUAUUCUGUAUUUCUGUACAUCUUCGUUCUUUUCAUUAAUUGCUUCAAAACUUAACUAUUAGUGCUUCCGGUAGGAUCUAAUGAUAUGUGACAAGAGAUACCGCUUUUUAAAGAACAUUUCAUUAAAACAACGUGAACGUUUUCAUGGAAGAAUCUCUGUUCAUAAAAAAAUUUACAAAAAAACCUGGGCUAUUUGCCCCAUUCUAGUCAUCGCUUUGUUCCACAGCCCGUUAGAAACGGGGAGCUCGAUGUUGCGUGUGAAGUUAAUCAGUAGAGUUUAACAAGAAUGUCAUUACAUAAUACUUCCAGUGCUCUUCCUUCUAACAGGACUUGAGUUGAUGUAACGGCUCCUUGUUCCC